UAAAAAAAGACCAACAGCUGAAGUAUUGUAUUACACCAGAGGAACCUGACUAGCCUAUAACAGGACUAGGGCGACACAAAGUAACCCGACUGGUCAAGCUCUUUAUAUCUCUCAGAUAUGACGCGGAAAUUAAGAGCACCGACAUUUGGUUUGCCAUUAGAAAUUUUGGUCUCAAGUCAUGCCAGAAGACACAGCGUGAAGUUCGACCUGUAACGGGACUGUGGAUUUAAACUUCAAGUAAUGUUGCUUGUUCUUCUUGUCAUCAUGAAGGACCUUUUUAAUUAUGAAGCGACUCGAUGGCUUAAGACUGUUGACUGGAGCGCAGCGUAACAGGUCGUAAUGCCGCACUAUUGGACGGUACCUGUCAGGUGCUACUUAUUAGAUACUUCUGCUUUUAAAUCAAAGGCACGUAUGAGCUGACAUGUAUUUUAACCAGCCAGCACGAUAUAGUUAUUUAUUAAUUUAAAUUUAAAUUUAUUAUAAUAGCUAUAAGAUUGAAUAUGUAAGGUUUAUAUUGUUAUAUAUAGCUUGACUGAAGGAAGGGAAAGACCUGGGAUUUAUUAAUGCUGUAUUAAGAGAUUAAGACAUGUGAAAUGAUUCAUUAUGCUGACAUGCCAGGAAUCAUGUCAUAGCACUGUGACCACAGACUUGAGCCCCUUUUCUCUCAUCAUGAAUGUUACUGCUUCAUCUGGUUACUGAUGGGUGUUUGUGCUGCCAGUCUAAAGAGGCUCCACCAUGGGAUGUGUACAGAGUGUAAAACUCAAGCCAAGUUUUCAUGAGAACAUCACAGUCCUGGAACUGCAAGCCUCCAUUGAUCCCAGUCCGACUGUUAUCGAUGAGUCAUCUAAUGUGGUUCUGCGAUACCGCACGCCUUACUUCAGGGCAUCAGCUCAGGUGCAGGUGCCACCCAUGCUUUGCAAAGAGAUCUGGACCGUCGGCUGGAUCCAGGCUUGCAAUCAAAUGGAUUUCUUCAAUAUAUAUGGGAAUGAAGGAGCAUCCAGCUGGGAGCUCCCAGAGCUGAAAUGUGGGCAGAUCCAGGCCAUUAGUGAUUCAGAUGGUGUGAAUUACCCCUGGUACGGCUGCACCACUGAGAUGUACACAAUAGUGGGUCCCACUAAGAAGAACACCAAACUCACCGUCAGCAUGAAUGACAACUUCUGCCCAAGUGUGACGUGGAGUGUCCCAGUGGGCACCACCAGCAGUCCCCCUCUCCUGAGCUCCAUCCAAAGGGACCAGCGCUUCACCACAUGGCUUGUGGCCAUGAACGAAACCACAGCUGAGAUGGUGCUACUCCGAACCAUCCGCUGGAGGGUGCAGCUCUGCAUUAAAGUGGAUCCACUGAAGCCUCUGGGUCAAAGAGCCACAGUUGUGGAGCCACUGAUCCAGGAACAGCCUCAAGUCCUAGUUAAAAAUGAACCCAUCCCAACAAACGCCUUGCUUAAGCCUAAUGCCAAUGAUGCCCAGGUUCUAAUGUGGCGGCCUAGAAAUGGGGAGCCCAUUGUGGUUAUACCCCCAAAAUACUGAUCCCAUGAAGGAUAUUUUCUUCCAAUUUGAAUUGAAAUGAUUCAGUAAUGCUCGGUUAAAUGAAAAAUGGCAUGGAGUGAGUGAGAAUAACAGUCAACAGGAUUACUGAUUUAACGUUUUAAAGGAACAAAUGUAUUAUUUGUGUAUUUAGGCUGUUUGAAAGGAUAGUCAACCUAAAAAUGAAAAUUAUCUCAUCAUUUCCUCAACCUCAAGUUAUUCCAAACCUGUAUGACAUUUCUUUUGUGCAUACAAAAGAAGAUAUUUUGAAAAAUGCUGGUAACCAUGCAGUUUUGAGUCCCAUUGACUUCCAUAGUAUUUAUUUAUUUUUUAUCCAUGAAACCAUUUGGUUACCAACAUGCUUCAAUAACUUUUGCUUUCCAUAGAAGAAAGACAAUGCAUACAGGUUCGGAACAACACGAGGAACAUCAUUUUUGGGUGGACUGUCCCUUUAAGGGCACACAUUUAUCAUAUUGUGUAUUGUUUUGUUUUUAAAUAUUUUUAAUAUUUGUAAUUUGUAAGACAAAACUGUGUGUGGCCUUUGCAUACUUGGCUAUGGACUGAAAUGUGGCCUUAUGAAACCUACUAUAAACAAGACUGAAAUCGAUCGUUCACACAGUAUGAAUCGAUCAUUAAAUGUAUAGUGGAGGUAUAUUUAUUUUUAAUCUGGCGUGGCCAAUGUUUUACAAACAAAUGUUGCCUUUUAUUUUGUGCAAUUACAGGAAACACAUUUGAAAACGUAACUUGUGUCCGUGGCAUCUUACAGGAUGUUCUGUGAACUAGAACUGUGAAUAAUUUAGUUGUCUUCUCAUGUUUUAAGAGGCAGCUUUUACUUCAUCUCAUUUUUAGACUGGGAGAACCUUAAGGAAACUCUACAAUAAAAUCAGUGUGUAACAAUAAA